AUGGAGGGGGGAAAAAAAAAAAAAAAAUUUUCCUUCCAAGGGUACUUCAAAAAAUCGGCAGCGUCCACCAGCAAUGAGCAGAAGGACAACCAGAAUGACCACAUGGAUGGUGACCACGUGAAUCAAGAGCACACGAUUGAAAGGGACGAAUUGGAUGUAGAGUUCAGCAGCCAUGUAAGGACGCAGUUUUGUAAAAAUCCCUUGGGGUUGGUUGCUUAUUACCGCUGCACAGAGGGGAAACACGCCACUUUGGAGGAUUCCUCCGGGUGCCACAGGUCAGCGUCUAUCCGCAACUAUCGGGAACAGGAUGCAGACUCCCCUUGGAUGUUCAAGCUAAAAAACAAGGAGGUAGUCGACCUGGAAAACAAGAGGGGAGAAAAGGCCAAGGCAAACUACUGCCUGAAGCUGAGUGGAAAAUCCAAGUACUACCUCAAGGUGGAGUCGGACAACUGUCUAGAGCUCCUGGGAGGAAACUACUGCACCAAUGAGAGGGCCAUAAGGAUAAAAAAAGAAAUUUCUAAAAAAUUAGGAAACGAAAACAAUGAAGGAUUUACAUUCCAAAUGUGGAUUGGAAUAAAAGAAGACAAACUUUUUAUGGAAGAGGAAAAAAAAAAAAAAAAAAAAAAAAAAAAAAAAAUAUAUUUGUUUAAUACAAAAAGGGAAGGACGAAAAGUACCAAUGGAGUAUACAUCUAGUGAUAGACAACGACGAAUGCUAUUUCCUUAUCGACUUCAAGAAUGAGAAGUUCCGAUUUGAUUCCUUUCCACUGGGACAUUUAAAAACAAAAAAAAUCAAUGACUACUACUGGAGCCACGUGUCUAUUAUCUUUAAUCUUACCAUCGAUCUAAUUUACGUUAUUCUAACUGGAGAAGAUAGUUACUUUUUACAAAAGUGCAAAAAUACGUACGCCAUUUUUUACAGUAGUGUUCUUUAUCCUACCAACUUUUUUACGGACAGCUCAACGUCGUUGCCUCUUUACCUCGGGGCCAAACCGUACACUGAGUUUGGAGAUUCCGAUGGGAAUGAAGACAUGGAGGGAGAGGACAACGCGUUCGCAAAAGAAACGAAGAGCAAAAAUGGGAGAUCAUCCAAGUCUAGUAGAAGCCACAAAGGGAAUAGCGAAUUUGUAUCCUUCCUCAUCACCGAAAUAAGGCUGUUUGCGUUAAGUAGAUCUGCCGACCUGGUGGUUAAGGAAUGUAAAAGUCUUUUGGAUUGUGCCUGGCUCGAUGGUGCCAAUGAUGAACACCCAAAUGGGGGGGCAGAGUCAGAGGAGGCGCUAAAUGGAUUUACGGAACACACCGAUCGUGGUAACCUAAGUGGCCUACCAGAAGGGAAAGAUCCAAACAGCGCAAAGAAGCAUUCUAGGAAGGACAGAAGUGGUGAGGCCAAAUCGAGUGAUAACCAGUGGGGCAAACUUAGCAGUGAUGACGAGGGUGAAUAUGCCGCCUUGUCCAAUGGGAUCCAGGGGAAAGGCGGCCUGGAUGAAGGGGACGACAUCAAGAAUAGGUGGAACGAGUUCAACAAGGAGAUUGAGAAGAUGAAGGAGAAAGUCCACAGGUUUAGCGACGAGAUGAAGGGGGGAAGUGAUGACCGCAGUGACAACGGCAACGAUACUGGCAAUGCGAAUGGUGCUACCACGCCCUCGCUGCACCCUCACCGUCGUCACCCCUCCCAGGAGGACUUCUUCAAAUUCGACUCGGAAGAAGAGCAGGACAAUUCAACGCAAGACGAUUUCUUUUUCAAACCGGGAAGGAAGAACAAUCCGAAGGGCAACUCUCCCACCGGUGAUGACAUCUUUGCAAAAAAAAAGAAACGCGAUAUAAACAAGAAGGCAGACAAGUACGAUUCGAAUAAGUCUGCCCAAUUGAACACAAGGAGAAAAGAUGAUUCCGCUUUUUAUUUUAACUUCUCUGAUGAAGGUGGGGAGAAGAGGGAGGAAGAACAAUCAGAUGCCAACCAGUUAGAUGCACCGGAAGACAGCGAAGAGGACCAAACAGUAGGAGUGAAGAAACCAUCCUUCGAAGGAGAAACCUCAUCAGGAAAAAAACACACCCAUUCUGUUGAUCAGAAGGAAAGUUCCCAAGUCGGAGUAAAAAGCCCUAUGAAAAAGUACCUUAACAAAAUCGUGAAGGAAAAAAAUGGAGAUGAACCAGAGGAAGAUGCAGAACCGGAUAGCCAUUACAACCAAGAAGAUGUGAACCUACUGCUGAAUGAACUAAAGGAUAAGUUCGAAAGCGAAUUUGUGGACAUUAUGAUAGACAAACUGGGACAAAAGUUCCAUCUAAAAGAAAAGGACAAGCAGAAAAUAUAUUCUAGCUUUAAAUCGAGUGCAAAGACAGAAAAGGAGCAGGUGGAUUCGGAGUGCAUCAAAGAAAGGUAUCUUGCAUUAGUAAAAAUGAAAGAGGACAGAGAGCAAAACAAACUACAUGAAGAAAUAAAGGAGGAGUUGAAAAAAGUUAAGGAGCAAUCCAUUGUGGAGAAGAACCUAAGUAGCUACAUCAAGGACAACCAGUUACUGAACGAAUACUAUAUAAAGAAGUACAGUUACGCUGGAGAGAAGCUGAGUGACGAGGAGAGCGAAGAAAACUUUCCCCAGGAAACAUGGAUGUAUGAGAAGAAAUUGCCUGGCGGGGAUGAACAGAAGGAGGGGGCACUCAGUAACUCUAAUUCGGUUAGGGGAGAAUCGCACACCUCGGAUAGGAGUCACUCCAUUGUGAACUUGCAGUACCAGGACGGAAGUCACGUCUUCGCGGAGGGAAGCAGAUCCAGCAGCAGUGAACAGCUAACCGCACAGAUAGGGGUAAACAGGAAUGACGACUUCCAUCCAAAGGAGGGGGAACUCCCCAAAGAGCGCGUCGAGCAAGAGGAGAAAAAGUCCGAAAUCAGUGACUUCACUUUUAUGAAGAGCAGCAGUGGGCGUGGCGGGCACAUCAGGCGCAGCGGUGAGCUAUCCAUGCAAGGUAACGAUGCCCCCCCCCAAGCAGAUGAGCUCCGAAUGGUCCCGUCGAACGAGACCGACUUGUUAGCUGAGGAGGGGGAAAGCAGGAAGAGCAUCUCCAACUUCCUAAGCGAAGAAGAACCAAAGCAUGGUGAAAAUAAAAUCAACCAAGCAAUAAAAACAGGAAAACAUUACUACCAAUUUAUAUGUCCACUGACCCCCUAUGAAUUAUUUCUCCUGAGGAGGUUCCACAAAAAGGGAAUCAACGAAGAGCUUAAGGAAUUUAGAAAUAAAAAGUACCUCUCUUGUGAUAAGCAGCUGAUCCCAACGGGAGGCAUCUGUAGAACCCCCCUUAACGUGGCCUACAUAAAAUACAAAAUAACAAUGAUGAAGUCCAUGCUGAAAAGUAGCCGAAGGUGCAUUCAGGAAAAGAAGUUCAAGAAGGGGCUAAAAGUUUGCAUAAAAAAUGGAGAGUACAUCAAAAAUUUUGUCAGCAGUUACUGCGUGUUGAAAAGGAGGGAGCUGAAUCGGAACUCCUCCCCACCAUCCUCCGUGAGAUCUCCUGCAGAACCCCCCUAUCAAUAUUCCGAUUUCUACCUAAAUGUGGACAACGCAUACAUCACCAUGGAUGAGUUGAAAAAUAUUUUAAAGACCAAUGUGAGGAAUAUAAUCAUCUGUAAAAUUUUUAUUUUAAUCAAGGAGUACAAAAAGUACAAGUACAUUGAAAAUUCGUCCCUCAUUUUAGCCCUACAGUCUGUCCUUUGUCGGAUCGUAACCAGCUAUACAUUGUUGAGAAAGAUUUUGAAAAAGUUUAUCCUGUUGCUUUUCCUGAGGGGUUGUCUGAGUUGCGUAGAAUCUAUGUGUAGCUUUCUCUUCCUGAUGUACCCGAAGGAACGGGACCACCCGCUUGUUGCUAAAGUAUAUUCCCUCUGCAGGAACUCCUUUUUAAUAUACUCCACCUGCUACAAGAGCAAUAAGUAUGCCAUGAUUAAUAAUUACGAUAUGAACUUUGAGAAGUGCGUGGAGUUUUUUUCUCCAGAGUGGGGCUACUACAUCUACACCACCAGCAACUUUAACAUCUUCUCCUCCAGUGUGAAGUUCAAUGGCUUCUUGAAAAGGGACACGGACUUCUCCGCCAUACGGCAGGUGGGGGAACAAAAGGAGGAACAACAGGAGGAUCAUCAGCAAGAGCAGCAGCAGGAGCGGAAGGCCAUAUGCGGUAUGAGUAGCUCUGCGGGUAGCGGCCCCAUUGUUGGUGAACCUUUGGGGGACGCACAUCCCCAUGUGGAUGUAGGGCCCAGUGCGGACCUUACCCAACUGCCGGAGGACGACCUCCCGAGUGAACCCACAAACAUGGGCAAACUCGCAACCGUAGAUGUGUGCAAAAAUGUAGAAAGUACAAACAGAGAGGAACCCAAGAAAAACGAUUUAUACACAUACCUAACCAACUAUGAAAAGAAAAAAAGGAGUUACUACAUCAUUGAUGAUAACAUGAAGCGCAUCGAGUUCACUAGGAAAGGAACGAAUCACAAUUUGGAGACCUUUCUCCAGAUGGGAAACCCAAAUGAGAGCUCAACCGAACAGAGCAAGCAGGACCAGUUGAAUCGGCUUAUGAGCAAAGUGAACCGUGACGUAUAUCUGAAUUCUUCCGGCUCCUGCACGAAUGCCAACUUUUUGGGGCACUGCCCCCACUGCAAGCAUGCCUUCAACCUCUUCACUCGAUCGUGCAAGGUGUGCCAGCGGUACGUGCACGUGUGCUACUACCUGCUCAUUCACUGUACCUACAAGUAUCACUGCGAGUUGUGCGACGCAACAUACUCAGAGAAGUGCCUGGAAAAGUUCUCAAAGGGAUUCACCUGCUUUUACUGCGGGCUGUUUUUCAUCCGGAAGUGA